AUGGGGUUCCUUGACUCGACUACUCCUCCACCCAUAGCUCCUCCUCCACCCAAGGCGAAAACUUUCACAUCAAUUGUUUCAAAUUCAAUUGAAUCAUCGGUGUCUCUUAGCCAACUACCUGCACCGAUUGUUCGCAGAGAUAAAACAUACAUUAAGAUCAAUGAGGCUCUUUAUCAGGAGCAAUUGAAAAGUUUCAAAACCAACCUCCUUGGUCAUCUACUGCUCCGUAAAGGCUCUGCAACUUUGAAGACUGCUGAUCUCAAGGGUAUGCUUAACACUCUGUGGAAGCCCUCAGCUCCAUGGCGUCUUGUUCCGCUGGGGAAAGGAUACUUCGACAUUCACUUUGCAACAGAGGAUGAUUUGCGAAGAGUUUGGGGAGAGGGUACAUGCACCCUUGCUACUGGUAUUUUCAGAUUGGCUCAAUGGAAGCCAGAUUUUGUGCCGGGAGACAUUCUCCCACAGACCCAUGCUCAACUUUGGGUUCGAUUUUAUGGUUUGAGCCAAGACUAUUGGCAUCCUCAACAUCUAAUGGAGAUUGCUCAUGGAGUGGGCACUCCAUUGCAAUUAGACCGGGCUACGAAGGAGCGUGAGUUUGGCUAUUAUGCCAGAAUUUUAGUAGAUGUGGAUCUUGCCAGGGAAUUACCAUCUUCAUUGAUGAUUGAGCGUGAAAAUCAUUGUUUUCCCAUUGAAGUGGUCUAUGAAAAUUUGUGCACCCAUUGUGGUUUGGUUGGCCAUACUGCUGAUCGUUGUAAGCAACUAAACGACAAGGAACAAGAAACAGCGUGA